UUAUAUUCGGCGUGCCUGUGCCCUGCGGACUGUGUUAACUGUUAGUGGCGUACCGAUGCAGUGGGUGGGCUAGUCAGUAUAGUAGGUAGUUGACUAGUGCUUGUGUGGCCUCCAUUCGCCUAUUUGUUACUUAUGCCAAACUUUACUCCAACUGCUGGACGAACUUAUCGCCUUUGAUAUCAACAAUUAACCAUAGUAUUUGUGUGCAAUAGUACAAUAACGGCUUUAUAAAAUACGAUAGUUAUAAAUUUAUAAUUAUCUUGACGUAUUGGUGUGUUAUAUGACAAGUUUUAUUUUGUAUGAUUCGUCAUGAAUACUCAUAAUCCAUGACGAAAAAUGUAAUAUAUUUAAUAUAUUAUUAUAUUAGGUGUGAGCCAAAACCUUUAACUUACUAUUGCGUUGUGAUAAUUUCAUCGUUCUUUUUGAGAAGUUACCUUAACAAUCUAACACUUAAUAAAUAGUUUUGAAUUUAUUAUAAAAAGAAAACAGAAUAUCAAACAAUGAAUUCCAAAAAAAUUCAAAAAAAGUUAGAUCAUGAUGAAGUUAUUUGUACAAUUUGCGGAUUCAUUUAUAUACAACCCGUGACAAUGCCAUGUGGCCAUACACUCUGUCUAUCAUGUUUUAAAAAGUUGAUUGAUUUAACGUCAUACCAAUGUCACUUGUGCCGUAGACGAUUAAGUAAUUGGCUUCGUAAAUUCAAAAAUGAUUGGAAUGCCAUGGUUAAUGUGAAUCUUUGGGAAGCUAUACAACAGCAAUAUCCAGUAGAAGUACAGAAACAGUUAAAUGGUGAAGACCAUGGACUCGCACAAUGUACUAUCAAACCACCAAAUAGAUUUGAAAUCAAAAAAGGAGAAAUCAAAAAAGAAUUUGAUGAAAUGCGAAUGAAAAUUAAUGAAGAAGAGAAACAAAGAGAGUUGCGCAGUUUGGAACUUGCUAAAAAAUUACAAGAAGAAGAAGUUGCUAAGAUUCAAACUCAAACAGCUUUAAUUGAAGAAAUAACACGGGAAGAUUCUAUAAUAGCAACAUCUAUUCAAGAAAACAUGAGAAAAGAACUUCACCAAGAAGAAAUAAUUUUAAUCCAAUCAGAUUUAGAUUUGGCGACGAAAUUACAAAACCAGAUGUCGACUGAAACAACAUUUUGUACGAGAAAAUCAGUUUCUGAAAAAAAACAAAUUACAAAAGGACCUCUCGAUAAAAUGUUUUCUAAGUCGACUGAAAAUAAUUCCGAAGUGCAAUUGAAUAAUACACAAAACUGUAGUUUAUCUAGCACUAUAUCUUCAUCCAGUACACAAUGUGAAAUUCAAUCUCCUAAUAAAUCAUUGUUAAGUUUUCCUUCAGACCCGUGCACAAGUUCUUCAACUAUAGAUUCAUCUGAAAUAUUUGAAGAUGAAGAUGAAAAUUUGGAUACUUGUACUUGUGGACGUUUACAAGAUAACUUAACCACAAAUGGUCCUUGUACAUUUUGCAUUGAUCAAAUAGCAGCGUUGAAUGAUUUGUGGACUCAACAACAAAAUGAAUUUUUGGUGGCUAAAGUUUUAGAGAAAAAAUUACGUUUGAAUAAUUUUGAAGAUUAUAAUUUAAGAAAAAGACCAAGUUCAACUAUUAACCUUGCUCAUAAGAAAAAAAAAAAGCUAUCUAAAGGACAAUUAACAUUGAAACAAGUAUUAAAGGACAAUGGCAACAUAACAUCUUGGAGACAGUAGUAUAAACUAGUUUUGAAGAAAAACUUAUAUAAUUUUGAAAUAAUAAUUGAAAGAAAAUGAAGAUUUAAAUAUUAAUUUAUAGUUCUGUAAUAAACAAGAAUUACAUCAACA